UUAAGAGAGCAGCAUUAGCAACGGGAACAUUAAACUGAUUAUAAAAACACGUUGAAACAAUGUUUCGAAAAUCUAACACAGAAAUGAAAAUAACGGACACAAGAGACAGUUGGUACAAACCGAAUAUGCUUCAUAAUAUUCACUAUAAACCGCCAGAUUUAACAAGGACAAUGGUCAGUAAGAAGGGAUGUAACUGCAGUGCAUUUAAAUGCGCUACGCAUGGUGUCACUAGGCCUACAAGUGUCCCCAAAAAGACGAAGAGAGAAAUUUUUGGGUCGAAGAAAGAGGCUAAAGGCAAGAGAAGAAGACAUCUUAAGGUCAUUGUUCAAAGUGAAGAAAGAGAAUAUGACGGUGAUGAUGAUGAUACAGGUGAUGAUUCCGACGAUGAUUAUGGUUUUGUGAGCUGGAUGAAAUGUAACGACGCCUUUUAUGAAGAUAGAGCCGAAGUUAGUGAUUCAAAUGUUUUUGGCUCUGAAGACAAAGACGACUUUGGGUCUGCCUUCGGAAUUAUGAGGAUCUUUUGUGACAGUCAGCUGCACACAACAUGGACUGAAAAGACUCCUUCGUUCAACAAAGCUGUUGAAGAAAGACAUUUGAAAUUUUAAAUCAUUGUUUUUUGUGCUUUUUUGUUUGUUUUUCUUUUCUUUUCAAUUUUCGUUUGAA